UCUCUGGUUCUGGUUGUUAACUGGUCCAUAAAACCAGUCAUGGAGAAAAUAGAGAUAGAAAAUAUCCUGGAUGGAUGGAUGAACCAACUGUUGAAUGAGUGGUUGGAUGAACGCCUCUGUCUGGUAUCCGUUCUUCUUCUUCUCUGGUUCUGGGUUCUGGUUGGAUGUUCUGGAUCUUCUCGCCUCCAGCUGCUCUGGGUCGUCAUGGUUUCAGGACCUGAGCUGGUACUGCUGACGACGUCACCCAGUGCUCCCAGUGCUCCCAGCAGCAGCAACUGUAUCUGCUGCGCUGUUGAAGCUAGAGGAGCUUCAGGCGGCUCUCCCCACAGCGCCCCUGCUGGUUGCCUCCUGUCUUUACAUCGGUUCAAUGAAUCGAUCAAUAAAUGAUCAAACUGUUUAUGAUCUUCACUCUGAAAUUAAGACAUUUAAAAAAUAAGAACAGAGUCACAUUAGUGCAACAAAAUGUUUUAUUUCAGUAAUUAUCCGCCAGUGCAGCAAGAAAAUUACAUUAAAAUUUAAAAAAGCACUUAAUGUAAAAUUUUAGAAAUAUCAAUUUAAGCACUUAAUGCUUAAAAUAGUGAGAUUUUAAAACUAAUUUAUGAAUUUAUUUCAAGGUUGAUGAAAAACAAGCAGAUGUUUCUUUAUUCAUGUCUGCAGUUCAGGACUUUAUUACAUUUCACUGAAAAAUGUUUUUAUUGUUAAAACCUUUGUGAACAUUUUAAACAUCCAGUUUGAAUAAAAAUAUUAAAUUUAUUAAAUCUGAUCAGAUGGAUUCAGACGAUCUCUGAUUAAUUUUAAAUGAAGUUUUUCUCUGAAUAAAUGAAAUAAUUUGAUCUUUAUGGUUUUAAAUGUGUCUAUUUUCCACCCCUUCAUGGUUUCCAUGGUUACUGGAAGCGAUGCUGGAAACCAGUUCAUGGAAUAUUUACACACAGGAAGUGAAAACUUGAUUUUAAUUCAGUUACAAAUAAUAAGCUGAAUUUGGUGAAUAUCUGUGAAUCUGUUAAUAAACUGAAUAAAAUUUUUAGUAUUUUAAAUUAAAAUGAGUUCCAGACUUUAAUGAGUUGCAUUAUGGGAUGCUGCGGCGGUGAUGGCGGCGCUGCGGUGCUGCACCACCCACAUGGAGGCCCCUGUUCUCGCCGUCGCUGGUUCGAUUCCUGGCCUGGUGACCUUUGCCCCCUGUCCUCUCUUUCCUGUUAAUUCACUAUGAAAUAAAGGAAAUGAUAAAACCUUUAAAAUGAGCUGAGUUAUGAAAACAUGACAGUUUCAGUUGAUCAGAUUUCAACGUCUCCUGGUUCUGAGUGAAAAUGAUAAUUUCAGUAAAAUAAUGAAUAUAUUUAUUUAACUUUAUUUAAGGAAAGUUGAUUUUAUUGAGCAGAAAUAAAGCAAUCCAAACAGAACUGGACCCGGUUCUGGAAGCUGCUCUCAAUGUUUAGUCAUAAGACUUCAUGGUGACAGCUGCUGUUGGUAAAAUUAACUCAAUACUUUGAGUUAUUCAUCCAUAAGAGGGAAAUAUGUUAUUAUGUUUAUUAAUGUCUCAGUUUCAACUAAACAUUUAGCUUCAUAAUUCAAUAUUUAGUCUCCAUGAGUUUUCAGGACUUUAGUCAGUCUGAAGUUCAGAGAGCUUUUAAAUCCCUGGUGGGGUUCCGGUCUGUUGGGUUUGACUAUCUGCACUUCAUCACCAGUUUUCAGACUCGUUUCGUUUUUCUCUCUGAAUCAGAAUCAUUUCAGCAACAUGGAAACGUCAACGGUCCGAGUGUCUCCGGGUCCGCCGGGCCCACUGUGAGGGCCCACACACCGGGCCCUCACAGUGGGCCCUCACACCGGGGCCCUCACAGUGGGCCCUCACACCGGGCCCUCACAGUGGGCCCUCACACCAGGCCCUCACACCGGGGCCCUCACAGUGGGCCCUCACACCAGGCCCUCACACCGGGGCCCUCACAGUGGGCCCUCACACCAGGCCCUCACAGUGGGCCCUCACACCGGGCCCUCACAUCGGGGCCCUCACAGUGGGCCCUCACACCAGGCCCUCACACCGGGGCCCUCACACCGGGGCCCUCACAGUGGGCCCUCACACCGGGGCCCUCACAGUGGGCCCUCACACCGGGGCCCUCACAGUGGGCCCUCACACCGGGCCCUCACAGUGGGCCCUCACACCAGGCCCUCACACCGGGGCCCUCACAGUGGGCCCUCACACCAGGCCCUCACACCAGGCCCUCACACCGGGGCCCUCACAGUGGGCCCUCACACCGGGCCCUCACAUCGGGGCCCUCACAGUGGGCCCUCACACCAGGCCCUCACACCGGGGCCCUCACACCGGGGCCCUCACAGUGGGCCCUCACACCGGGGCCCUCACAGUGGGCCCUCACACCGGGGCCCUCACAGUGGGCCCUCACACCGGGCCCUCACAGUGGGCCCUCACACCGGGCCCUCACAGUGGGCCCUCACACCAGGCCCUCACAGUGGGCCCUCACACCAGGCCCUCACAGUGGGCCCUCACACCGGGCCCUCACAUCGGGGCCCUCACAGUGGGCCCUCACACCGGGGCCCUCACAGUGGGCCCUCACACCGGGCCCUCACAGUGGGCCCUCACACCAGGCCCUCACACCGGGGCCCUCACAGUGGGCCCUCACACCAGGCCCUCACACCAGGCCCUCACACCGGGGCCCUCACAGUGGGCCCUCACACCAGGCCCUCACAGUGGGCCCUCACACCGGGCCCUCACAUCGGGGCCCUCACAGUGGGCCCUCACACCAGGCCCUCACACCGGGGCCCUCACAGCGCUAAACCAACGAUUUUUAAAUUUUUUUUACUUUAAACAAAAUAAGCACAAACAAGUGCAUAUAUUCCAGCAGUGCAACUCUGUAGAGGCAGAU